CCUAACUCACAGAGUCACAGUACAGCCAUACAGCAUUAACCAAACCGUCCUCUCCCAAAACAAACGCCGUCCUCUCACUCUUCACUCUCCCAUUUAUACUCCUCCCCUUGGCCAGAGUGUGCCAUCAAAUUUUCGGUUCAAGUCGUGUCCAUCGUCAGGCCAAAAAGAAAAAAAAAGAACUCGUGUCCAUCGCGUGGUUUUCCUAUCUUCAUUUCAUUGCACCCUCCGUCGAAAGAGAAAAUGACCAAGUGUUACCCAACUGUUAGCGAGGAGUACCAAAACGCCGUUCAGAAGGCUAAGAGGAAGCUAAGAGCUCUCAUCGCUGAGAAGAACUGUGCUCCACUCAUGCUCCGUCUAGCGUGGCACUCAGCUGGAACUUUUGAUGUCAAGACCAAGACCGGAGGUCCAUUCGGAACCAUGAAGCAACCUGCUGAGCUCGCUCAUGCUGCUAACAACGGUCUCGAUAUUGCAGUCAGGCUUCUCGAGCCGAUCAAGGAGCAGUUCCCUAUACUUUCAUACGCUGACUUCUAUCAGCUUGCUGGUGUUGCUGCUGUUGAGGUCACCGGUGGACCUGAAGUUCCCUUCCAUCCUGGAAGAGAAGACAAGCCUCACCCACCACCUGAGGGUCGUCUUCCCAAUGCUACUAAGGGAGCUGAUCACUUGAGGCAGGUGUUUAGUAAUCAAAUGGGUCUUAGCGACCAGGACAUUGUUGCUCUUUCUGGUGGCCACACCCUGGGAAGGUGCCACAAGGAGAGGUCUGGAUUUGAGGGACCAUGGACUACCAACCCUCUUAUCUUCGACAACUCUUACUUCAAGGAGCUCUUGACUGGAGAGAAGGACCGCUUGUUGCAGUUGCCAACUGACAAAGUUCUCCUUUCUGACCCUGUUUUCCGUCCAUUGGUUGACAAAUACGCGGCUGAUGAGGAUGCUUUCUUUGCUGAUUAUGCUGAAGCUCACCUGAAGCUCUCUGAGCUAGGAUUUGCUGAUGCAUAAGCUGAUGAUUGCAAAAGAGGAAAGCCAAAUACACAUGCCUACACAGAUGUUUUAGGUUUUGUUUUCUCUCUAAAGUUGGCUAAGGAAUGAAUUUGGGUGGUUUUAUUUGGGGAGAUUUCCGAGACAAGCUUUUUUGGAUAAUUUCAUCUAAACUCACAUUCCCCAUCUUGGUCAUUUAUCGUUGUUCGUAGCUCUUCCAUUGAUAUGUUUGGUGAAUGCAUUCCUAAACUUGUCAUCCGUUGUUGGAAUGAUUUAAGGAAUAUAAAUUAGAUGAUACACAAUUGAUGAAAAUAA